CGCGUAAGUUGCUAGCAGCCACGUCUCCGGGUCAGCUACACAAAUUCCCGACCUACAUAACUUGAAUAAAUAGCGCCUGUUUGUUUAGCGUCACUGUUGUGGACAAUGGCGCACAACACGGCCGGCUCUUUCGCCUCCGCUGACCUCGAGCCCACGCUGGCGCUAACCCGCGGCUAGCUAACAUGCACGGGUUACUUCCUCUUUCCUUGCGCUCGUUGACCGGCUGCCUGCAAUAUAUUUCACCCCAAGUGGAAGCAGUCCAACAGCUCAUGUAGCGGAGGACCAGGUACACCAGGACUCAAAGCACCCCGGGCUUUUUGAUGCGGGACUGACACUCCACCUGCUUUCCUCGAACAAUCUGAAGAUGGACUAACUAACGCAUAAAAAAACUCAUCGAACCCCCACCUGCCUCCCUCCCACUACCCACCUGCCGUGGCCCCUGGGGGCCCACGGGCUGUAAGGCGGGAUGCCUUGCUGCAAGCAGACCGCUUUACACCCUCUAUGGCGCCUACUGUCCCCGCUCCGCACCCACCAGGAGCGGGUGGUGGUGGCCCGCAGCCACAGCCUCCCGGGGGAGCAGAUGCUGAAGCUCACCGUCACGGAGACGACGGUGAUGGAGGCGGAGUCCGGCGUGUGGAACUGGCGCUCCCUGACCUACCUGGGCCUCUGGUACUUCUUCAGUUUCUGCACCCUGUUCCUCAACAAGUACAUCCUGUCACUGCUGGAGGGGGAGCCCAGCUUGCUAGGGGCUGUUCAGAUGCUUUCCACUACGGCCAUCGGCUUCCUGAAGAUGUUUGUUCCCUGCUGCCUGUACCAUCACAAGUCCAGAACCGAGUACCCCCCCAACUUCAUCAUGAUCAUGCUGUUCGUUGGGCUCAUAAGGUUCACAACAGUGGUUCUGGGCUUGGUGAGCCUGAAAAAUGUGGCGGUGUCUUUUGCAGAGACGGUGAAGAGCUCGGCCCCCAUCUUCACUGUCAUCAUGUCCCGGCUGAUCCUCGGGGAGAACACGGGGCUGUGGGUGAACCUGUCCCUGUUCCCUGUCAUGGCGGGCCUGGCCCUGUGCACGGCUACAGAGAUAAGCUUCAACAUGCUGGGCUUCUCCGCCGCCCUUUCCACCAACAUCAUGGACUGUUUGCAGAACGUGUUCUCCAAAAAACUGCUGUGUGGCGAGAAGUUCAAGUUCAGGCGUUUUUCAGCCCUGCAGAACUGCAGUUCUACACCAGCGCCGCUGCAGUCAUCAUGCUUAUACCUGCCUGGGCGUUCCUCUUGGACUUCCCAGUGAUCGGGAAGAGCGGUCGAAGCUUCAUCUUCGAUCAGGACAUCGUCCUGCUGCUGCUUUUUGACGGCUGCUUGUUCCACCUGCAGAGCGUCACUGCCUACGCCCUCAUGGGGCGGAUCUCCCCAGUGACCUUCAGUGUGGCCAGCACCGUCAAACACGCCUUGUCGGUUUGGAUGAGCAUCCUCGUGUUCAGUAACCAGAUCCACUUCCUCAGCGCCGUUGGCACACUCCUCGUCUUCAUCGGGGUCUUUUUGUACACCAAGGCCAGGCAGCACCACAGGGCCACCUUCCAGGCCGCGGCUGCCGAGAAGGACCACAAACUGCUUCUGAAGGAUGGGAGUGCCCGAGCCCCUCCGUCGCACGGAGGAUCCGGGACUCGCCACCAAAGUGCCGCCUGAAAUGGGUGUGAACAAAACAUUUUCCCCGUGGCGUUCCACCGGGGAUUACUGCAAGUUUGUCCAACACAUUCCAGUUAAAGAGGAUCCGCUGGCGUUUUGUUUUCCCAGGAUCCUUUAGGGGGCAUUUUCGUGUCUUUGAGCUUAAGGUCGGGGACUGACUCUUUCCAGGAUCCAAUUUUAUGUGCUCACACACCCUUGAUCCUUUGCUUUGUCUGAUAAGGGGAAGCUCAGGGUCUCCGUCAGCUUUUUAGAAGAAGAACUUUCUUUGGUAUUCCAGAGUGUGCUGGUUCAUCUUAUCUGAUGUUCAGCAGCUGCUAAAUGCGUGCGUGAAUAUUUCUAAACCGUUGAAGCUGUAAGAUCUUAAGUCUGUGUUUGUGUUGCCUACACUGUAUCAUAAAAUGUCAUUGUUCUUGCACGUGAUUUGAGCAGCGAACAGGGCCCUGGAGGCUGAAGCUUUGACUUUGCCGUUUGACACAUUUUUAAACAAAGUGUUGAACUUUGAAGGCCAAAUCCUGCAUUCCAGGAAUGCUCAUCCUCAAAGUCGGGAUGUGUUUAUGAACAUAGGUUUUUCCUUCUGUAAGAUACCUCUCGGCCCAGUGCAUGCUGGGAUAGCAGCCUUCAAUAGGAAAGGGGCCAUAGGGAAGGAAUGGAGUUGCAGACAACACAUCCAGAAUCUUUCAGAAGAAGCGGUUUAUUAUAACUUUGGUUUUAUUUUCGUGGUCGUCUACAGACGUACCGCCUGGUUCAAUGACCUACUUCACUUCCUGUGGUUGUCUGUAGUCAAUCUUCCCAAAUGCGAUCACUGUUGGUUCUUCCACCCAGGAGAGUAAAAUUGGGUGGUGGAAUUGCUUGUUUACAAGCUGUUUGAUGUUUCGAUGACUGCAGCGUUCUGACCACUAAGAACAGGACUAAUGGCUUGAAAAACCCAAAUAAUUCCCUGGAUGUAGUAAUCAGUCAGUUUUCAAACAAAAGCUUCCUGCUAAAUGGAUCAAACCACUGUUGUAUGAUUCACUUGACCACUAAUGAAAAAGGACCAAUUGCCGUAAUGUCGUCAGUCUGAACAUCCCAUCAUGUGGAGUAUUUUGGAGUUUAUUUACUGGCAGCAGUCUUUGUUCAAGAAGUUUUUUUUUUUUUAUGUGAUCAGAUGAGUUUAAACUAAAAACAUUUCCAUUCUACCGUUAUUAUUUGGGGAAUUUGUUAUUUUGAAAAGAGCUAAUUAAACCCUGCGGUCCAAUUUGAUAUUGAUGGACUAGGGUAGCACCUUUUUUAAUUCUUCGGAAUGCUGCCUCAAAUGUGAAAUCAAAAUAUACAUUUUUCAUUUCAGAGGUUUUUGGGAAUGUGCAAAUUAUGUAAAGAAUAUUGACACACUAACAGUCGUUAGUGCAGAUGUGUGGAAACCCUUGUCUUUGAAGUUGGAGCGAGUUCCCGUUGCAUUACUGACUUGGAUACAAACUAUAAUUAUAUCCAAAUCAAAUGCAUGGCUUCAACUCUGAAAUUGUUUUCAUUCACUGUUCUUAAAAUGGCAAUAAGCCCCCAAGUUUCUGCAAAAGGAAAAACAAUGUGAUCAUAUGUAUGACAAUCAUGUUGGAGGACACAGAGAAGCCUUACAAUUGUGUUUUUGGUCUCCAGGAAAAUGUCAUUCCCAAAUAUACUCUGUGUCUUCAGUAUGCUAGCUAGUAGCAAACUCUCUGCUGUAGAGUAGGUCUCCCCAACCCAAGGACUACAUGCUGGCAACAACUGCAUGCAACACUACACAGGGCACACAAGGCAGACACUGGAUGUGAGAACCCCAGAGACCAAGAAGACCAAUGCUGGUAGCAGAAUUUUGUAUUAGUUUCUUAUUAUUAUUGGAUCUCAGCGCAGCAUUUAAAACUAUUACUACUAUUGGAUAGACUAGUCGACUGGGUGGGACUCUCUGGCACAGCACUUAACUGGUUUGAAUCCUACUUAAACGACCGAGAAUACUUUGUGCCUGUAGCUAAUUACACAUCAGAGCGGAAGGGAAUGACGUGGUGUUACCCAAGGUUCAAUACUGGGGCCCCUUUUGUUCAACAUAUACUUACAUUAUCUCUGAUUAUGGAAAACAACAAAAUGUGUAAUCAUAGUUAUGCAGAUGACACAAAUCUAUAUCGCCAGGGGACUACAGUCCAACACAAGGUCUGGGUAAAUGCAUUAAACAAAUCAACAGCUGGAUGUAUCAAAACGUUCAACUAAACCAAGAUAAAACAGAAGUAAUUGUUUCUGGCAAUAAAGAUGAACAAUGGAAAGUCAGCGCUGAGGUUCAA